AUGGAGUCUCCAGCAGCAGCAGCCCAGUCUCCCAAUACAGCGCCGGAUGGAGGACCGUCGAUAUCAAAUGCACUCCCGCGUCCGCGGAAGCAACGCCGCUUGAGAGCUGUGGGUUAUCAACGCGUCUUUGGGUGUUCGUGCCGUAACUGCGAAGCAUAUGGAGAAGAGUGUGUCAUCUCUCGCAACGGCGCCAUCUUCCACCGAGCCCGGCACGGCAAUGCGAACCCACGCGCCCAGCAGAGAGCAGCCCAGAAGCAGGGCUCCGAUGGAGCAUGUGUAGCCGCUGCAUCUGUCGGCUCCAGCCCGGGCUUGCCUAGGACGAGUACGCCCGCGGACCUGACGGCGUCCCAGGCCGGUCCAUCCUCGCCCGUGGCCGAAAACGCCGUGGAGUCCGAGCCGGUGCAGGGAGUCGUCACGACCGAGGUGGGACAGUUCCCCAAGAAUGCCAAGUUUGCGGGUCUCAGCUCGCCCCAGGUCUUGGCCAGGGUCGCCCAGGAGGUGUUUAGCCCUUUCAGCCAGAUGAAUGUCAUGGACUUUUUCUGCCCGAUGAUGACGUUUGCCGAAGAGUUUCCCCUGCCUUCGCCGAGCUUCCGUCCUCUUGUGGCUCGGGAAGUAGCCGAUGGGUGUGUUCAACGUUAUUUUAAUACAUACCAUCACCUGUUUCCUGUUCUGGAUGAGCAAGCUCUCCGACAAACUCAUGCCGCCUUGUAUGGCCCUGGCGAGGUCCGUAUCAACGUGGCUCAGGUUGCUUGUGUCUUUCUUGUCAUUGCUCUUGGAGCGAGCUCAACAGAAGUAUUCAACUCUCACCUUGAGACAGUGUUUGGUUUGUAUAAUCAUUUAAUUUCCAAGCCGUACCUUCCCAGUGUGCAAGCCUUGAUAUUAAUGACUCUAUGUUUUCUUCAUGCUGCAAAGGAUGGACAAGCUGUUCUCUGCAUCGCAUUUGCCGCUCAGAUGGCCCAGUCUGUCGGACUACAUCGCAGUCUCUUCAUAUACCGACACCCCUGCGAGAUUGCCUUUGUUCUAAGAGAUCACGAUCUGAGGAACCGGAUUUGGUGGACUUGUUAUUGUCUGGACAAGUUAGCAAAGACACUGUCAAACAUCUCGUGCAAGCUCUUUCGAAGAGAUGUGCGCAGCGUCGACAACAGCGAACUAGUCAAGAGGAUCUUGGCGGCAGACAGAGAUCUACUCUCAUGGCGGGACUCACUUCCUGAGAACCUACAGCCUGACAGAGAGCCCUACGCUCUUGGCGAUGAGGUCUGUGAGACCGGGUCGGGGAUGUUGCACUGCGUAUACUACAACGCCCUCGUCAUCAUACACCGGGCUUCACUGGUAUCCACGGCUGGGAAAGUGCAGGUGAUGAAGAAGCAUAUGGACAGAAGGAUAUCGGCCUCGGAUGAUAUCUGCCUGGGUGCAGCCAGGUCGCUGGUCCGUACAGUGAAUAAUCUUGUCAUUGAGCGUCGCAGCUUUCGAAUACCCGGAAUGAUUCACCCGUACGCCAUCAACGCCGUCAUGGCGCUCUAUAUCGGAAUCAUGCAGGCACCGCUACGUUGGUCAGCCCCUACUGACCUUGCCCUGAUGCGAAGUAUGCAGCAAUGCUUCGAGAAGAGCCGAGACCCAGCAGCUGGAAGCCGAUUCAGAGGCCUCAUGGUGUAUCUGACAGAAGCCAUGGAAAAGUCCGAGCAAGCCCAACGAAACGGCUCUCAGACACCGUCAACGAUUAACCAUGCUGGAACACAGCCUGCUCCGUCCUGGUCCAUCGCUGAACACUCAAUAGAUACAACUUUGACUCGCUUUUCUCCCGUCAACCAAUCACCAGGCGGUCAUCUUCAGCCAAGUACUAGUUGUCAGCCUCGCAGCACGACGGGCAGUUGGGCCGUGACCUCCGAGCCAUCACAAUCCUACCCUACGCCCUCGCUUGUCCCUGAUCCGUGGAAUUCGGGACUGCCAGUGGAUGUGGAGGGGCUGCAGCUUGGCGACUUCUUUGGUGACCAUUCAACGGCGUGGAAUAUGCAGCUGUGGCCGCUAAUGGAGGAUGUAGAUGGCGGGGGGCUUGGGGAAGAUGAGGCUAUUCUGGAGUGA